AUGAUUAAUUACAUCAAGGGAGACCUUUUCAGUUCCAAAUCGUCGAUUCUAUGUCACGCUUGUAACUGUUAUGGGUCAUGGGGUGGUGGUAUUGCGGUGAUCUUCCGUAAGAAAUUUCCCCGGUCUUAUAAAAUCUAUAACGAACAUUGUAAGAAAACCAAGGCCGCCGAGUUACUAGGAACCACAUUGUUAAUUGAACCUGAAAAUGGGCAAAGAGUUGCCUGUUUAUUCACAAGCAAUUUGACUGGCGCUAAGAAACUACCACCUAACGAAAUUGUUCACUAUACAGAUUUGGCUAUGAAAGAUUUAAUUAGGCAAUUACACUUGGAAAAUGAAAAUGGAAGUGGAGAUAAAAGCUUAGCUGAAGCUGGAAAUGGAAAAGAAAGUGAAACUAACAACUUGAAUAUCAGUAUGCCUAAAAUCAAUGCAGGCUUGUUUGCAGUUCCAUGGGAUCAAACUGAAGAAGUACUAGAAAAAUAUGCAAACGAAACAGAAAUUACCGUGUAUGAAAUUUAA